AGUAAUCAUGUUCAGUUAGAGACAUUGGUAGUCGUUGGUUUUAACCGUACUCUCUCCGGCGUGACGGUUCUUUGCUGGUGCUACUGCUGCUGCAAGAUUCGGUCUUGGGAACGUCGUCAGUGUACGAUCGCGUUCGAUUCCGUGAACAUCUGCAACGUUUGGGACUGUGAAACAAUAGUGCGAAGUAGUUUGUUCCUAAAAAUGAAACAAUUUAUUAACCCCCUGGUGGUGGCGUUUGUGCUGAUUAGUGUUCUGAACCGGCAGUUGGUAAACGGUCUACCCAGUUCUAAACUGAGUUCACUGUCAUCGUCAUCGUCGUUAUCGUCUGCGUCAAGUUCGUCGUCACUUGACGGUUCGAAUGGGCAUUUGAAGGAUUUGAAAACCGAUGGAACCAGCUUCUGGAGCCCACAGCCGGAGUACUAUCACGAACGCGAUCGCUACGGUAGCCGACCGGGGUCGGACUUUGUGACGUCGUUCGGUAGUUUUGAGAACAAGUAUGGCGGAGGUUCAUCACUACCGUCGUCGGCGUCCUACGGCAGCAAGGAUCGAUACAGUCCCUUCAGCAGCGGAGGCAGUGGGUCUUAUUAUACCUCGGGUGGGGUUUUCGAUAAGAAACCUUACGGCCCACCGCAACCAGUAGACUUUCCAUCAGGUUACGGACACGAAUAUGACGCCCAUUACGACUACAAUCAACACAUUGGUCAGGGACAUGCCUUUAGCACGGGUCAUCACUAUGCAGGAAAGGAUUACAAAUCGCUUCUGCUGCCGAUAGCCGGAGCGGCGCUGCUCGGAAUAGCAGCAGCCCUCGUAGCCAACCCGGUUCUGCUGCAUCUGGGUGCAUUCGCCGCCGGUAAACGAAAGCGCCGUGAUGUCAGCGACAAUGCACAAGAUCUUGCCUACCGAGGACAUCUGGCGAAAUCUCACCCGCUGAAGGCACCGAAGGUGUAAACACGCUUCCAUCGAUGACGCAGGAAGGAAAACUCCUCCAACCAUGAAAAUAGAAAUUAACGAAGCGCAAUCCAACUGAACCGAAAUUAUUUCAAUCUACCUCGCUCGGUACAAAUCAUGAAGCGUUUAAUGCUCGGUGCAUUAUGUUACUCGAUCUAGUUACGACGGCAUACGACGAUAUGCACAUUAUACAAAUAUUUUAUGUGCUAUUUAGCUUUAAUUGGUCCCCUUUGUAGGCAACUAAUGUAGCGCUAAGUAUAAUGUACAGUUAGAUAAGUGCAAUACAAAUAAAUUUGUAACAAAAAGUCGAGAUCAAGAAGAUCAGAAAGCAUCA